UAAACACGUGACGACUUACCAAUAAUCGGAUGUCAACUAGUAAGCAGCACAGAUACUCCAAGGCGGACAUUCUAGGCACACAAGUGGCAUUGAUGAAUACUGUGUGAAAAUGGAAUCGGAAAGUAAAAGAUGUAUAACAAUCAAAAGGAUCCUGGUUUUAUUGAUACUUUCUGUACUGUUCUUUUCAGAAUUUUGGAAUAUCCCAAAAGAUGCAGUAUCUGACUUCUUUCCUCCGGUCCCAAGCUUACUAAAACGAAAACAUGCCUCAACAUUAGACAGCGCAAUCUUUAACAGGAGCCGGAAGUCACAUACAUCAAACCGGAAGAUUGUUAUAAUACUGGCCUACAUGCACACUGGGUCAACGUAUAUUGGCAGUAUUUUUCAACACCACAAAGAAUCAUUUUACGAGUUUGAGAACCUACGAAGUCUUAUGUAUUCAACAAGGGCAGGAAAAGUUAUACAUUUUCUAAAUGGAACAAGUCAAAGGCUACAGCCACACCCCGAUGUGUUGAAUGUUCAUCAUAACGUACAUCCUGUGGUAGGAGCAGAGGCUGUGAGGAAAAUGAUCACGUGUAACCAUCAGGACCUAGACCUUGCUACAUUAGCCAAUCAUUACUUUCCAAUUAGAAACCCUGUUAACAGACAUCUUGCGCCGUUCUUGAAUUGUCAGGAAAAGUUGUACGGAAAAAGAACAGUGCUAUAUGCGGUUAGUGCUCUUAAAUAUGUUGAUAACAAAAUGCUGAAGAAUACGACACGUGCUAUGGAAAUUGUUCGGACAUGUUUGCCGUUACUCACUAAUAGAUGUAAACAAUCAAAAAUUGUCGUUGAAAAAUUUAUACGAAUGACAAUGGAGAUGGUAAAACAUUUGUUUCAAAGUUUUAGAAAUUUGAAAAUAAUUCAUUUAUUUAGAGAUCCUCGGGCGAUGUUAGACUCCCAGGUGAGGAAAGGUGACAGUAAGGCACACAUUUUAUCAACUUUUAAAGGCCGUGUCAAAUAUAUGUGCCAACAGAUGUCUAAAGAUCGCACAAUUGCGAAAGAACUCGAUCUAAUGUAUCCAGGACAAAUUUAUACACUACGAUAUGAAGACAUGGUAGAUUUACCUUUAGAUACGAUUCGAAAGGUGUUUAACUUUAUUGACGUACCUUUCACGAAAACAGAUGAACUGUUUGUUAAAUCUCUUAGUAGGAAGAAAAAUACUGCUGAUUUACGCAAACCUCCUCCCCUUAGUGCGUGGAGAAAACAUAUUACGGCACAAUCUUUAAGUGUAACAGACGAAUACUGCAGUUCGUUGUACAAAGAAUUCGGCUAUAUCAAGUUGAAAAAUUUAACUGCUGUGAAAGAUCCAUGGCAAAUAGACCAUUUUUGAAAGCUGUACAAUUUUUGGAUGUCAUAUCGCUAUACAAAAGCGACGAAUGUCUAAUUAAAGAUGCAAGUCAUGAUGGAAACACAGUGUUUGAAAACUAAUAAGAACAAAGCACGCAACAAAUAAUACCAAAAUCAAAGCAUUGAGAUGAUGACUGGGGCGAGUUUUUCAAUAAUGUCAAUGUUUACGAGCCUUUCUUUGACUGUCAGGGAUUAAGCAAGGAAAAGCUUGUCUGAUAAGGGAUACCAUGUAACUUACAAUUUCUUUAACUCUUACAUAGGACUAGGCAGUAAUAAGGCAAAAAUAAUAAAAAGAAAAGACGGAUGACCUAAAAACUUAGCUAAAUAUGUGUGCAUAUGUAAGAGGUCUUUGAUGAAGAUUUUUUAACGAGAAAAGAGUAAUUGCUCAAUACUUUCCAUUUAAAGAAAACAUCGCGUGUGUACGAAACUGAAACUGAAUAAUUUGAUUGAACGCCUAUUUUUAUACAAUGACAUAUUCAAUGGCGUUGUACAUAAUAAUAAUAAUAAUAAUAAUAAUAAUAAUAAUAAUACCAAGACGACAACAAUAAUAAUAGUCUUAUCUUAACAGUCAUGACCGCACCCCUCCCCUUGAGGUCAUUUGACCCCUAUUGCGAAUACCAGUGCUUAAAGCAAGACUCGGUAAGCCCAGACGGGCUGCGUGUAGAGGUCCAAGGCCCCCGAUUAAUCGCGCUAUCAUAUACUAUUUAAGGUAGAAAUACUACACACUCACCUACUGAAGUCAGAAAAUAAAAUCAUGCUUAUUAGAUAAGCCAGAUAUAUUAAGGAAACAUUGACAAUAAGAAAAAAAAAAUAGUUCAUCCUCAUAAUAUUCGGAUAUGGAAGUUUUUAUUUUUUGUGAUAAGUUAUCCCUGAAUUAUCUAU